AUGAAGUUCACCGUCAUUGCUGCCCUUGCCACCAUUGCCUCCGCGGCUCCCGCCACAGAGCGCCGCGCCACUUGGACGCAGUACUUCACCAACGUCGUCGCCGAGCCCCAGCCGUACAACAACAGCAACCUCACCUUCGCUUUCAACCUAGCCUUCACUGACGGUACCAACUACCACUGUGCCACUUCCUUUGACACCAACACCGGUGUAUCUGCCAACAACACUUGCACCCGGUACGGUCAACCCACCGAUGUCACGGCCACUGUCGCGGUUCCCGGCGGCAUUCAAAACAUCGCGCCGUACGUUUACAUCCCGGGCAUUGACACCACCUACACGGCCGACAUCACCACUGCGGACCCUCAGUACACUUGCGCCCACUCCGGCACUCCUGGCAGCGGCGUCAAGUGCAUCAGCGGAUCCGGCACCUUCACCGCUACUGCUGUCUAA